CGCUCACUGCUGCGGCAGCGCUAGUGGCGUGUACGUCGUGUUCGCGAGUCGUGUGCUGGUGUUGUGUGUGGCAGCUGCAGAGGCGAGACGGACUGACUAUAUAGAGCCUCCCCGACCUCGCGUCGUCUCUCCGACCUCUCUCUCUCUCUCUCUCUCUCACGCUCCUGCAGCGGACCUGCGGACCUCGUCCCCGGGAAAUCGACGCCCACUGCACCUUCGACCAGCACCACGGCCCCCAAAGUGAGAGAAAGACACACUCGGUCUCCUGUACAUAUAGCUACGUGUCCGGGGAGAAUAUAUACUGCAUACUUGCAACACACGUACACGCAUGCCUACUCGUCGACACAGCUCUCGAGCAGAGCCGAGUAGAUAGCAGCAGCAGCAGUUUGUACUACAGUGUGUGCGGUGCGCGUGUGAAUGUGAGAGUGCGAGAAAGAAAAGAGCCUCGAGCAGCUCUCGUUUGUUCUUCUUUUUUUCCUCGAGCUGCAGCAGCAGCAGCGGUGCAGCCUUCCCGUGGAAGAGCAGCAGCGGGUCGUAUCCCCCUCACGUGCGUGCAGUUUUCUUUCUCUCUCUCUCUCUCUCUCUCACUCUCUCUCUCUCUCACUCUCUCUCUCUCUCUCUCUCUCUAUCUAUCUGUGCGCGCGUAUAUAUCCGUGUGUAUCGAUAUUACAGCAGCAGCAGCGACGAGGCGAGGCGUUCAGCACAUUAUUCUGUGUACGGAGCGCUACCCGUCGUUUUUUUCACCGCCUCUCGCCCGAGAUAUUGCAAAAGAAGAGGCUCGUUUCUCUGGCUGCUUGUGCAAUAGGCUGCUGAAGAAAAAGUAGCCCGCGCUGCCGCACUCUCCAGGAGCAGACGCCCACGGUGUUGGUGUGUGUGCAUUGUAUAUAAACAAACAAAAAGCCCAUCGCUGUUACAAUCGUCGUGUUAUCAAAUUAUACCGCAGCCUCGCAGUCAGGUGUGCCCGUGUGCGUGUACACUACACAUUCGGAGCGAGAACGCGAGAGGAGGCUCGCGAAAUUCAAUAAAGACGGAGAGGGAGAGCAGCAGCGGCGCUCGGGAGAGCAGCGGAGCGACGAUUUCACACGGGGGGUAUAUCGAUUCGAGCCAGAGAGCAGAGCGGAGCGUUGCGUUAUAACUCCGCUCUCUCGACGCCGCCGCGAGUGAGAGAGCAGCGGCCGCAGGAGCGGAAGCAGCAGCAGCAGCAGCAGCAGCACCAGCAGCAGCAUGUAGGAAAAGGAUGCACGCACUGCCUCUGUCCCUCUCUCUACUACUGCUCAGCGCUCUCCCGUUUCUUUUUUCGCCUCGACGCGGCAGCGCCCGCGAGUUGUACAGAGUCGUACGGUAAAAAUACACUCGCACACUCGUACACCUACAGCUGCAGUUUGUACACAUAUACAUACUGCAUCGGGCCAGUAGCACGACGACGGGGCCAAUGGCGGAUUUAAAGCCGAGAGCAGCACGCGGCCUCUCCGCACAUGUGCAGCAGGACAAGCGAGUAUCGUACUGCUAUUAGUCGUAGCUCCGGAGGAUCGCUGUGCGCGCGCGUAUCAUACGUUCUACGUACAUGCAUGUAAAGGCGAGCCGAGGGGGCCAGCAGCAGCACCGAGGAGACAGAGACAGACAGCAGCAGCAGCAGCAGCGCAGUCAUGGACGUCGAUAUUUUUGGGCGAGUGCCGAGCGCAGCACCGCCGAUCAUCGGCCUCCGCUCCUCGCUCCUACCCUCGGACAAGCCCGGACUGCGAUGAUCUGACGAUCUAGAAUCGACAGAUUCUCCGGACUUUUUCUGAGCCCCGUUUAAUCGGAGCUGAGAGAGAUAGAGAUAGAGACAAGUCAGCUGGGAGAGCCACACACACACACACUGACUCACACUAGGAGCUCACUGGCUUUUCGAUUGUCUGCUAAGACUGCUGCUCAGCAUUGAGGUUGAUAUAGUCAUAUUAUCACCGCACCUCAACUCACACAGCGUACACGAUGGAUCUCAGCUCGGCUGUAAGCGCAAUGUCCCCGGGAGGAUCAAACGGCGGCGGUGGCGGGGCAGUGGCCUGUCCGGUUUGCACGCUGUACUUGCGGGAGGGCAUCAGUCUGCAAAAGCACUUGGACACCCAUCCAAAAGAGCAGGUGAUAGAGGCCUUGAUCAGGGCGAGUGGCGCGGGUGGCGCUUCGGCUCUCCUUAGUCAGGCUUGUGCACCACAGCCACAGCAGCAGUCUCCGGCACCCGCGCCUACGCCUACUCCGAGCCCUGGUGCGAACCAGCAACAGCAGCAACCACCAGCAGCCUCGCCGUCACCACAUGUUCCUCACGCUCAGUCGCCUUAUCCGAUUGGGCCAAUUUUCGAGUGCCCGCCGAUCAACGCCAUGAUACCGCCGCCCCAGUUCGCGUCGUUCAGCUAUCAGCAAUUUGUUAAUAAUGGUACAAUGAUGAUACCCGCGCAGUACGCAAUGGCUCAAGCGCAGGCUCCUCCAACAAGUCAGAUGAUGCAGAUGCUGUACAGUCCAUACGGCAUGUACCAUCAGCAGCAGAUCCCUACGGUUCAAAUGAUCUCGGCCCCGCCAGCGAUGAUGCCAACUUCGACAACGACGAUGCCGACGACGGUGCCGGCCGUGACGACCCGCAUGAGGCCGGCCACAAGCACGAGCAACAUCACAAUUACCGAGGCACCUACGACGACGCCGAUGGCGGUAUCGCCACCGAGAACGACGAGUUGCGUGCAGCAACAACAACAGCCCGAACCCCAAUCCCAGCCGCAGCAGCUCGACGUCGAGCAGUCGCCUAAACAGCAGCCAACACAGAUCAUUCAUGAGAUCAUACCAGGUCCCGAUCGCAUUCUGCCGGAUCUGGAGAUGCCUCCGUCGCCAGAGCCGGCGAACCUCGAGCCCGAGCACGAAGAGGGUCACAUUGAACACAGAGAACAGCAGACUCAGAAUACUUGCCCCCAGGAGGAGCAACGCCGCGUUGAUCAAUAUCAGAGUGAGGGUCCACCAACUUUAAUCAGUAAUUCUUGCGAUGGCACUACUGAUGAUGACAAGACUGAAAGGAUUCUACCAGAUAUUGAGGAUAACGAAGGAAUCGAAUCGCUAAUAGUUCGCACUACAGAAAACAGGGUAGAAAGUCACAAUGACACUGAAAGGCAGGUGGCAGAACCUGUGGAGCACAUGGAAGUCGCGAUGCACGAAGAACAAGCAAAAGAGGAGUCCGUAGAAAAUAUUCAAUGUAGUGAAACUCUAGAGAAUUCUAUGGAGGUCAAAGAUAAGUCUAAUGACGAGCAAACCGUAUGUGACACCGUAGAGCCCGAAGAUCUGACGGUCGAAGAAAGCCGUAUCAACAAUAGUACCCAUAAGCCUGAAGUCGAGAAAAUUGAUAGAAUGUUAGAUAACAUGGAAUCCGAAUUUAGCAAUGUAGAGUUGAACAACAAAGUUGAUGAGGAGGUACAUAACGAAAAGCCUCAGGAAGAAAUUCAAGACGCCUUAUUGGAAGAACCCAUUGAUAAGCAUAGCGAGGAUGACGAGAACACAAGUGUAUCGUACCAUAAAAAUAGUCCAGAGCCGAUCGAAUGUAAGAUUAUCCAUGCUCACGAAGAUACAGACGUGUCCUCCGUCGCCUCCUCGGACUCUAUUCACUGCGACUUGGAAAUUCAAAAAAUCAUGACCUCAUCCUAUCACUACAAGUGCUCGCACUCUUUACCAACCUCGCCGGUAAGCAAAAAGCACUUCUAUCGGUCACUUUCUCGCGCCUCUCAGCGUUCAGACUUUGAUCAUUCGAACGAAAAUCUUUACUCGUACCCGGUGGGUUUUGAGGCUACCUCACUGCAAGAUUACCUCAAAACCAAUUACAACGACGAGGACAUGGAAUUGGAAGAACCUGUGCCGCAUUCCUAUAUGAAGCAAAACAGUGGGAUCAUUGCGGAACGUGCUAAUUCUCACACACCUCUCUCUGCAAGCAUAAGCAGUGUAUUCGUACUAAAAGCACGUCGUAGCAAAGUUCCAACUUCUCCAGUUUCUAUUCGAUCAGGUUUCUCUUAUGGGCACAUGGACGAAGAAGAUGAGGAAGAAGAUGAAGAAGACUCGGAUGCUGAAAGCUGCGACAGUUGUCCCGACGAAAAAGAUGAAGACGACGAAGACUUGGAUGAGGAAGAAGAGAGAUUACUUAUGGAGCACAAAACCAUAGAACGCGUUGACGUGAAAGAAAACUUCCAUGAAGAAUGCAAAGCUGCGAUAGCAGCCGAAAUUAUGCUAAAGCAGCAGCCACAACAGGAACAACCCGCAGAUUUCCGAGCUCAGAGUCUUAUGGCUGAACAUUACCAAGCGGGCCAAUUUCCACUGGAUAGUCAUCACUCCUCGACUACACAGCAACAACAAUCGACCGUUGUUUCAAUGCAUCACGAGACUUAUCCUCUAUCGGCAGAAAUAUCACAAAAUCCAUUUAAUAUGACUGAAUGCGUGGACCCGAUGACCAGUACAGAUUCAAAGAGCUACUCUAGUUCCAGCAAGUUGACAAUGCAGAAACCAACGACCGAGCUGUUAAACAUCAGCGAGGAUGCGCACGCGGGUCCCAUUAACGUUUUCGAAAUAGAAGAACCACCGAUUUAUGUACCAAGUUCCUUUAUAAGCGAGUCAUCGCAAAAAGCCGUGAGUGGCACGAGCCACCAGUCGAUGUCGAGCAGCGAAAAUGGCGCCGGUAACGACGAAGAGGUCAAGAGCGUGAAUAUGAGGGCAGACGAGACGAUGCCGCCUAGAGGUGAAUUGUCGGAACAGGAAAGCAACGGUUGUACUGAACAAUCAGCUUGGCAGCUCUACAUGGGACAAGACUCAUCGCGCAUGUCGACGUCCUACGAUCUGAUGGCGCGCGAGAGUUGGGAAGAGUCGGAGGGCUCAGAUCACGAAGACAACAACGGAGGCCCUCUCCUGGACAGUCGCUCUCUCGCAACUCAUUUCACCGCAAGUCUCUUUCCCGACCGCGACCGUAAAACGCCGACAAGACGUAUCUUUAAGUGCUCCCACUGUCCAGAAGUGUUCGAGUGCCCCAAAGAACGCCGUGUUCACAGUACAAUGGUACACAAAGAAGCUGGUCCAUCAGGGUGUAGCAACGACAAUAUGGACAACCAACAAGAGCUGAAAGACAUCAAGUUGCUCGACGGUCGCGCUAAUGUUUUCGAAGAUAUGUUCUUGCCAGGUAGUCUGCAGCAGGCUUACCUUCAUCAACAACCACCGCUGCUUCAUCAGCUUCAACCACCUCAACACUCGAGCUCUGCCAAGGCCGAUACCGAUCCUAAGAUGGAUGCGCAACAUCUGUCGACCGUGGCCGAGGUUACAUGUACUCUGUGUAAUCAACGUUUCAGCAGCGAAAAGUCACUGCAGAUACAUCACAGGCGCAUGCAUGCAGCCGAACCUGCAAAACGUGUGCGUGAAAAUGCCAAGUGUCAAAUUUGCAGCGAGGAGUUCACUUCCGUUGCUAGCUUCAAUCUUCAUCUGAAAAUUCACCCUCUCGAGUGUGGACAGUGCGGCAAGUACUUCUAUCGCAAACAAAAUUUCAAACUCCACAUGAAGCGACAUCUUGGUAUCAAGCCAUUCCCCUGUACGCUCUGCGACAAGGCCUUCCUAACCAAGCAAAAGCUCGAUGAACAUACAAACGGCCAUACUGGCAAUGCUCCCGUCAAGUGUAACCUCUGCAAUGAAACUUUCAGGCGGUACUCUAAUCUUACACAACACAAAAAUCGACACCAUCUCAACAUCAAAAAGAAGCUCAAAGACUACAUAUGCCAUUGCGGUGAGGUCUUCCACACGAAGAAGAAACUUGCAUGGCACAAGGAAACCCACGAUGAGAAGCCCAAGGCCUGUACCUACUGCAACGAGCGUUUCAUACACAUGGCUAGCUUGACCCGACAUAUGCGCCGUGCCCAUAACCGUCGCUUCGUUCCCGAUGCCCAGCGCGAAAGCGAAAACGUUGAGUGCCCGAUCUGCAAAUGUAUUUAUCUGAGGUCCUCGCUGGCCGUGCACAUGCGCGUACACAACGGCGAACGACCCUACGAGUGCCAGGUUUGCUCCAAGGCCUUCAGCACCAAAUGGAAUUUGCAGCUGCACAAGUGGACGCACGCAGCGCGUAGUACCAAACCGUUCAAGUGCAAUCAAUGUAGCGCCGCGUUUUACCGAAACAGUGACUACACGGCCCACAUCAAUUCUCACCGAAACGUAAGGCCGUACACGUGUAACUACUGUGGCGCCCAGUUUAUCAGGAAAUACAAUUGUCUGCGACACGUUAAGGAGCAUGAGGAAAACAAAGCGUAUACUUGCGACAUCUGCAACAAGACUUUCCACAGAUCGUACUAUCUCAAAGAGCAUCUACGGGUGCACUCGGGGGCGCGACCCUAUACCUGUCACAUCUGCGGCAAAUCGAGUAGCACAAAGUCCAAUCAUAAUAAGCACGUCAGGAUUCAUCACGCGCGUGAGCCUGUGAAUACGGAGAAUUAAGGAGAAAAUCGCAAGAAAAAAAGUUUCUUUUUUAACAUCUUGAGUUGACUGAUUAUAUAAUUAAACGCGUUCUUAGGUAAAUUUUUGUGUAAGUUAAUGCAGAUUAGUUAAACAUUUUAUUGAUACAAUUAUACCGUGUAUCUUUUAGUAGUAUAUUACGUACCAAGGUCGGGAAAAUGGAGAAUGCCCCGGAUCGCGUGUAUUGUCGCCCGAGGCGAAACCGAGAAUGGCAAAUAUGCGAUCUGAGCAUUUUUUAUUCCCGGCCGCGGUACAUACAAUAUUUCACGUGUUAGAGCGGUCGAAAAGUGACAUUAUUCCAUCUGCGAAGCGGAAAUGACACUUCCCUGUCGCUGGCACGUAAAGGUUAUUCAUUCGAUGUGAUUCAUAAAUUCUGUGUAAAAAUUUAAAUGCAUACGUAUCAUUUAGAUCAUAUUUAGCAAUUUUAAUCAUUUAUAUUAUUGCUCAUUAAUAUUAUUGAUUUUUUAUUGUUGAAUAGUAAAACCAAAAGUGAGAAAAUUGUUUUACUUGUAAUAAUAGCCUGUACUUGUGCAAUACCGAUUUCUUUUGUUGCAAACUCAACAAAAAAAAAGUUUUCCAUUUUCAUCAUCAACCAUUUUAUAAAGUACAUAAUAGCUAACAAUAUUUUACAUUGUUAUACAUUACUUAUUUUAUUCAAAACGAAAUUAUAAAAAAAUAUUAUUGUAGAUGAUCUCCUUAAUUUGUCCGAAAAACGUGAUCUUAAGCGUGGUAGGAGAAAUUUCUGAAAGUUACAGAAACAGUGCAUGUAACUUUAAUCACAUUGAAAUCAUAUUUAAAUAUGAUCAUAUUAAAACGAUGUAUGAGAGCAAGAUUUGCUGUUAUUGAAGUAUUCUGCAGCAACUGAAUAAGUGACAGUUUUGAACUUGUUGUUUUUAUAGCAUAAUUAAUUGGAGUAAUUAUUAUUAUUUUCACGAAAGUAAGAAACGCUUUAUUUACGUUAAAAUUAUGUUUAACUCAUUUUUCCUGUAUAUUUGAAUAACUUACUGCGAUUGUCUAUAACAAUACAUCACAAUGUGUAUACAAAAAAUAUUUUAAUUUUCUCAAAGUAUGACUUAGGCCUUUGAGGGCUUACUAGACUGCUAUCGGUACAAAAAUUUGAGACUCCUUGCGCGCAUGACUCAUGAUAUUAACUAGUAAUUUAAAACUGCCCACCUAAUAAAAUCAUAUACUAUUCUUUAAAAAAACGUCUCAAUGUCGGAGACUAUGUAAGCAUUGCAUUUUUCAACUGCAAUUCAAUUCUUAUUUGCAAGGAAUAUUAUGCAAACAUAGAAUGUAGUGUAAGAAUUAGUGAGUUGUCUACUGAAACAGUAGAGGACUUGAAAUUUUUGAAUCGAUAGUAAUUUCGUUUAAAAACAAGUGUUAAUUUAUAAAUGAAAAAGGCACUUGAUUAUAAAAAAAAAGAGGUCGAUGGAUGUUUCACGUGUGUUGUUAUUCAAGGAAUUGGCACUUUGGCCGCUGUAAGCAUGCGUUGAAGGAAAUUAAGUACUACAGCUAAGGAUUGGCGUGUUUUAGGCAAUGGAAACGUGUUAUGUUAUUUUAUUUCGAAACGUGUGUUAAUACUGGAUUCGCUCCAGUCGAUUGAUAUAUAAAAUAAAUUGUGAUUCGGCUCUUCGUCGCAUUUAAUACACAUUGCAAUAUUUUUCAUGUACAAAAACAUUGACGAAGAAGAGACGAGAAAUACCUUAAAAGGCCUGUUUCCUCUCAUGCUUACGACGAGGUACCAAAGCUUUUCUGUGAAGUGAAAAUAAUGAUAAUCGUGUCGUGGCACUCAGUGCACAAAUGUGUGAAGUCUCGUGUGUGUGCGUCUGUUAUGUAUUCGAACUGAAAAUACACCUUCGAAAAAAAAUUCCAAUACCUGUAUGAGUAUGGGUAUCUUUUUUUCGAAAAAGUCAAAAGAAUAAUUGGCGAAAAUUUAAAUUCAUCCUAAGGUAGUGUCUGUACAAAAAUGGUCCAACGCCAAGAAUCGAUGCGUGACGAUACUUUUGCAAGAAAAGGUAGAUUUGCCAAUUACGAGUAUCAAUUUCUUACAUUUGUUGGGAUUGUUUACGUAUAUAUAAAACGUAAGAGCGAGCAAACUUUUUCCUUUUUUUCGUAAAAGCUUGCGUUUUUACAUGAGGAAUAAUAAUUGCAAUAAAGUGGACGUUUGCCAAUCGAUAAUAACGAAGUACGAAGACGUGAAUCGUUCGCUAGUUAAUGAUUAAAAGAAUACCGAACGAUCAUAGGAAAAAUGUCUUUAAGUGUCAAUGAUCGUAAGUGAAUUUUUUACAAAUACAUAGCAGAAAUGAAAAAAAGGAAAACCUGUUGUGCGGAUAACGCGCCCAACGAGCCUCGAAAUGAAGUAUAGAGUAAAUAAAUAAAUAAAUAAUUGAAAUAAGUUGCGUCGUAAUGUUACAUGUGCGAAGUCUGUAUUUAUUCGUUAAGUGAAUUAAUUGGAAGUGAGACGACAUUGAAGUGCAAGGGCCUAUAAAAAAUUAUACAGAUUGCUGCUGUUAGCGUUACGGCGCCUCUAACUUUUAGAUAGUUCGAAAUCUUAAUUAAUGUUAUUCUUCUAUAUUUAUAUGUCUUGCAAUCCUGUAUGCAGUGAUUUUUAAAGGUAAUUCCAAUGUCAAGACUGAUCGAUGUUGGUUCUCAUUGCGAUUAUAUUUCUCUACUUUAGAACUGUAGAAAAAAAUAAUUUCGCAUGCGCCAUUUCAAGAGCUUCGUUCUUUUAACUAAUAUUAUUAUCGUUUAAUUAUUUUAUUAUGCAUAUCCUUUAUCAUUUUAUUAUUUUUAUGUUAAAUGACUAGCAAGCUUACUACAAAGAAAAUGUUAAUUCAUCGUCAAUUUCAUUCAAAAUUGAUUCGUGAUCCUUAUUAUUAUUUUUUUUAAUCACUAUUAUUUUUAUUACUAUUAUUAUUAUUAUUAUUAUUAUUAUUAUUAUCAUCAUUAUUAUUACUGUAACUAUUACGUUAAGGGCAUUCGAAAAAUAGACGAAAAUUUGUUCUGGUGAGAAAGUGUUAACCCACCUGAAACCAACAUCGAAGUCCAAACGUGCAAUUUUUUAGUUAAAGGAAGUAAUCGAUGCGUGCGUGCGUUGGAUAAAAACGCAGCUUUGUAUAUAAUUGUAUAUAUGUAUAUCGUCUCUAUUUUAUAAUAGGGCCAACUGAUAAUGUUGGCAAAUAAAUAUCAUAUGAAACUUAAUUCAAAAAGACACUUGCGGUAAUACCAGAAAAAAGCGAAGUGAACGGAUACAGAUAGAAUAAUUAUUACGAUUACCAUUACAAAAACAAUUAAGCAGCAUAUGUAUAUCUUAAUAAAAGUCAUGUGUUGAGGUACUUUUUUAAAAA